GAGGAAGAAGAGAGCAGGGAUUUCACAAUAACGGGUUCUUACGGACAGCACACUGCUGAAACCACAAGAAGCCGGUCUGUUGCAGGGAACUGUUUCUUCGUGUGAAAAGUUUGGACUGGACUCCCAACGAUUUCCAGCUGACACUCAUGUGUGAGAGUGAUGGUAUGAAGACUCGUUAAAGGGAGAUUCAUGCGCAAAAUGAGGAUUUUUCUGUCCUUGCUGUGCGUUUUGCGCGUCGCACCGCUCCACAGCAUUUAUGACGGGACCUGCCUCAGAAAAGACCCUCCCCCUGGCGUGUUGGUUUUAUCCACAGGCAGCGAGUUAGUUCUGACCUGCGGCGGUCACGUGACAGUGGACGGAGUAAAGGUCAGAAGAGGCAGCUCUUCAGCUGUAACUCCAACCACUGCAAACGUUAGAACCAACACUCAGGUGAUGAUGAUGAUGGAACGUGCCAAGCAUAUUGUGGAGGAUGCUGUAAGCCAGAAAUACCACUCUAACUUCAAUGCGACAGGAGAAAACAGAAGCCUGGGACAGACAGACACAGGAUACACAGCCUCUCCCACUGCUCUCAUGGCCCAGCCAACCAGUGUGCACAGACUGCCGAGGGCUGAAGGGAUGGAAGAGGAUUAUGAGGAAGAGGAGGAGCAGGAGGAGGAAGGAAGCAGGGUAACAAGGACAGUUAAACCAAGGCCUCAGUGGAAGUGGAAUGGGAGGACUUUGGGAAAAGGAGACACAGAUCGGGUAGACUUCACAUUUGAGAGGAGAGGGGCUACACUGUCCCUGUCCUCAGUAAGACUGACGGACUCUGGGAAGUACACAUGUUAUUACAAUGGCAGGGAGAGGUUCUCAUUAAAAGUGACUGUUGCAGACCCUCCAGAGAAACCCAAGUUGCACUGCUACAAAAAGUCACCCAGCAGCAAGAUUCGCUGUGAGUGGGCACCUGAGAAGCCCGUCACUAUAAAGCCUACCUGUUACCUCUUUCUUAGUAAAAGGCUGCCAGACAAAUUCAACCGCUCGCAGUGCUCAUACUCAUCUCGGACAUCCCGCUGUUGGUGCGCUCUGGACCACAACGAGGACGAGAUGAGAACCCCUCACUUGGCUUUCCUGUGUGCUACGAGCAUCACGGGCAACGCCACCAGCACCCUGAUAGACUUCACACCUCUGUCCAUCUUAAAACCAGACCCUCCGUCUAAUGUGACAGUCCGACAGGAGGAGGGACAGGAGGCGAAACUCAUAGUCACCUGGAGUCUCCCGAUCUCCUGGAAGUCUCAAGACUACUAUUAUCGAUUACUGUAUGAGCUCAAAUACAGACCUGUCCAGUCCUCGUUUGAUCAGAUACAGAGGAUUAAGUGGCAGCGCUCCUCUUUUAUCACUGAUGCAAUGACUGGUGUGGAGUACCUGAUACAGCUCAGAACUAAGGAGGAAUAUGAUGGUCAUUGGAGUGAGUGGAGCACACCUGUCUAUGCCAGCAGUUGGACAGCUACAACAUCAGCUACCACACUGAGUCCAGACUAUACGGACACAGAGAGCUCUGGUACCGAUGACAAUGAGACUGAUGUUUCUCCAGCAUUUACUGAGGUUUCUACAACAUCUGUGGUUGUGUCAACACACAUCCUGUGGAUCACUGGCUCCUUUGCUCUUUUGUCAGUCAUUUUUGCCGCCUACAUAUUCAGACACAAGGACAGAUUUAUGUUUAAACUUCAGAGUGUGCAUGGUAUCACCCUGUGUUGGGAUUCGCCUCAGCCUCCACCCUCCGUCCCAGCAGCACCACAAGGACAGGCUCUGGUGUCUUUUGGCCCUCCGAACUACAAAGAGCCCCCACCGAGUGAAGUGGAAGAGGAAGAAGACAAAGAAGAAGAACAGUAUCCAAAUGACAGGAUAGAAGCCAUGCACUUCAACAACACAAGUUAUUUCUUCCUCCAGCAGUAAUGACAAAGAAGAAAGAAGGAGAAAGGGGGAAUAAAACCAAUUAGAACAUUUUAACUGCUUUGUGUUGCUGGGUUAUUGUUUUCCAUUUCGGAGCCAGCCAAAAGGAUAAUGGACUUAAAAUUUUUAUGGCUCUCCAAUUAGCUUCUGUUGGAAGGAAACUGGGAAACAGCUUGUCAAUCUCCCUUUCUAUCUGUGUAACUCUAUCUGAUCCCUAAAAUACCUCUAAAAGACUUGUUCGUUGUCUUAAUUGUCUUAAGAGCAGCGUUUUAGCUACUGUCUCUUAUGUCUUUGUCAAUUUAAAGAGUGCUGAUAAACUGUACUAGAUAUAGGCCUGCAUCUACCGUACCACCUCAUGUUCUGUUUGUAUGUAAUAUACAAGUAUGUUAAUGUUUAUCAAAUACAUGACUCACUUUCCACAUGUUCUUUAUAAGGCUUGAAGAACUGGCAAAGGUUGCUGUCAGAGUAACUGGUUAUUCAUCUGUUUUUCUGCCUAAUAGAUUGGUUAAGCCGGG